AUGAGUGAUAGAAGCGGUGUACUUCGGCAACAAGUUACACUGCCUUUGCAGUCAAAAUUUUCCCAAGAAAUUGACAGUAUUCAUGGCGAUACAGAUGCCAUUAUAGAAGUACAUGAGCGAUAUCUUGACGCUUUAGAAGAAAAUCUAUUUUUGAAUGAGAAAAAUACAACAUUGCGUAAUCUGUUUUACGCACUUUUCACGCUAAUCGUGGAAUUACUGGACUGUUGGUCAUGCUUUCGCCUGGAUGCGAAUGAUGUAAGUGAAGCACGAAAACGUUUUAAUGGAUACCAGAAGGCUGUGAUUGUGGAGGAUUUACAAGACGUACACUAUUUUGAGCGAGAAGAGGAGCGAAUUCAUUUGGAAGAGCUUCAGCAAUGCUUAAUGGAUUGCUAUCGACCAAAAAUCGGGAUGAUUAAAUCCAAAUUUGCGAGUGAGUGA